GGGAUGCUUUACUGAGAACAGACCUGAGGAUCAUUGCUAUAAAUGCAGAUAUGGGCUCUCCCUUCUCCAAUCUCAUCAUUCAGAUGUCACUCUGGACCCUCUUACUGGUGGCUGAUUGGUGCUCUGGCCUUCAUGCUGAAUCUAUCUUGACCCCUGGACUGCCCAUAGAGAGUAUGUCUGUCAGUCACAAGAAGAAUGUUGGGUUCACUGAUCCGCAGCCAUCUGGACAGUCAUGUGACUUUGAAACAAGUUGCCCUUGGGUCUCAUCCACAAGGAAUGAUGGAAAGCCACACUGGGUGCCAACAGGGAUUGGAACAUUAACAUCACAAGAACAGAUCCAGCUACUGGAAAGCAAAUCUUCCACAAAAGGCGUCAAAGGCUGGAACCGCCUGUAUUCCAAGAUUGGAGUGAUUGAUGACCCAUUUCAGAUCACUUUGCAUUACACAUCUUGUGGGCUGGACAAAGACAAGAUUUUGGUGCUGGAUUCUCUGAGCCUCAGCAAUUGUUUUGGUGGAAACUUAUCCAGUUGUCCAUGGGAAUCAUCUUUCAUAUGUGGAAAUGGAGGCUGCAUCAAUCGUAAGAAGCUGUGCGACUUUCAGUUUGAUUGUCCUUUAGGGAAUGAUGAAGGAUCAGUGUGUGGUGAAAUCCUACCUUUUGGGUCUCAUUGUUCUUUUGAAGAAGGAACCUGCGGUUGGACUUUUAAUGGUUCUGGGCAAUCCUCAUGGAUUCACACAAGCCUUGGUGAGAGUGGCAAUGAAGAUUUAGAGAGGAUUUCAACUUUGCAAGUUACAAAAGGGUAUUUUCUACACUUGCACAUAGAGAGUCAACACAGUCAAGGUAGAUCUGACAUGUAUAGUGAAAGCCUACCAGGACUGGAGACCAACAAAGUUUGCCAGUUCAGUUUCAACUUCUUUAUAUAUGGCUUCCUAAAUGGCACCCUGGCUGUGUACGCCCUGCAAGAAAAUGGGGUAGGCAACCCACUGAAGCUUUGGGAGAGAAAUGGAACGCCAAGUUACUACUGGUCAUCCGCAACAUUAGAAGUACCAAGAUUUCAGAACAGAUUUCGCCUGCAGUUGUUGGCAUCAUGGGGCUGGAAUUCAGUUGCACAUAUUGCUAUUGAUAAUAUGACUUUUGCAGUAGAUUGCUUCUAUACCGGAAGAAUAGAAAUGAGACACAGAAAACAUGGACAACCACUAGAAAUUGAACCAAUGGAAGACACUAUUUUCACUCCUUUUUCUGUUCCAUAUCACACAGAGGAAGCAUCAGAAAUUGAAUGGGGGUUCAAUUCAUGUGGAGCUAGUGGACCCCGUGGGCCUACUCAGGCUCAGUGUGAUAAUGCAUACCGAAAUACCAACACAUCUGUGGAGGUGGGAAAGGAUGGCCUCUUUAGAGGAAUACAGAUGUGGAAGGUCCCUUUUACCAAUGUCUACAAGAUUUCUGCCUAUGGAGCAGCAGGAGGUAAAGGAGCAAAAAACCACAAUAAACGAUGCCAAGGAAUCUUCAUCUCUGCAGUUUUUCAUCUCCAGAAAGAUGAGCUUCUCUAUAUCCUGGUGGGACAGCAAGGGGAGGACGCCUGCCCAGGGAAGAAUAAAGCAACUGAAGAGAUAUGCAUGGGAGAGUCUUCGGUCAUUGAGGAUGAAGAUCGAGAAAACAAGACUAUACCAGGCUGGGCAGGAGGAGGAGGUGGUGGUGGUGGAGCUACCUACAUCUUUAAGGAGUUAAAUGGGGUGUUUUUUCCAUUACUGGUGGCCGCCGGUGGAGGAGGAAAGGCCUAUUUAGAAAAUCCAGAUGGCUUCCCACAGCUGGAGCAGUUUGAGAAAAACACAUCAGUUCCUGGGCUCAAUGGCAGGAGUGGAGCAGCAGGAGGGGGAGGUGGUUGGAGUGACAUCACUGAACUACCAUGGGCUGGACGAUCCCUUAUGGAAGGAGGAGAAGGCGGUCAGUCCUGCUACCAUGCAAUGGCCAAACUCCAUUGGGACACAUCUGGUGGCUUUGGUGGAGGAGGCGGUGCCUGCACUUCUGGUGGUGGAGGAGGAGGGUACCAAGGAGGAUAUGCGUCUCAGUCAGACGACAUCACCACUGAUGGACAGGAUGGGGUUUCAUUUUUUCAUCCAUCUGGAGAAAUAUUUAUCCAUCCCCUGGCAGUUGAGGAGAACCAUGGAGGAGUGCACAUUGAGUUUAACUUGAACUGUAGUCACUGUAAUUCUGGGAAUUGUAAGAGAGAUGAAAGCCGCAAAAAAGCUGUGUGUGUUUGUCAGCCUGGGACUGUGCUGGCAAAAGACAACAUCACAUGUAUAGCUCCGAAAGGUCUUGUUGCUGAAAGGCAGCUGUCGCUGCCACUCAUCCUAGCUGUCCUUGUUGCCACUGUGAUCCUUGGAUUAAUCUUCACCUGUGGAAGUUUAUCAUUUGUUUACCACCGUAAGAAGAAGCAGCUGGAAGGAGCUCGCGUUCGGUUACAGAGCACAGAGUAUAAACUGAGUAAAAUCCGCAGCUCAAUCAUCAUGACUGAUUACAAUCCUAACUACUGCUUUGCUGGGAAGGGAGCUGGUCUGAGUGAACUGAAGGAAGUUCCACGUAAAAACAUCACCCUGCUCAAAGCUCUUGGUCAUGGAGCAUUUGGUGAAGUGUACGAAGGACUAGUGGUUGGGAUUUCUGGAGAUCCUAAUCCUUUACAGGUUGCAAUCAAGACUCUUCCAGAAAUCUGUUCUGAACAGGAUGAGAUGGACUUUCUCAUGGAGGCACUUAUAAUCAGUAAAUUCAGUCACCAGAACAUUGUCCGUUGUAUUGGAGUGAGUCUUCAAACCCUACCUCGUUUUAUCUUACUGGAGCUUAUGUCUGGUGGGGAUAUGAAAACCUUUCUAAGGCGGAAUCGGCCUUGGGUGAAUCAGCCUUCCUCCUUAACCAUGCUGGACCUGUUGAAUAUGGCCAGGGAUAUAGCUUGUGGCUGCAAGUAUCUGGAAGAGAACCAGUUCAUCCACAGGGAUAUUGCAGCCCGCAACUGCCUUCUCACAUAUAGCGGCACCGGGCGUGUGGCCAAGAUUGGAGACUUUGGGAUGGCUCGCGAUAUUUACAGGGCAAGUUACUAUCGUAAAGGAGGGAGAGCUAUGCUACCUGUCAAGUGGAUGCCACCGGAAGCAUUCCUAGAAGGAAUCUUCACCUCUAAAACAGACUCCUGGUCCUUCGGAGUACUGCUCUGGGAGAUCUUUUCUCUGGGCUACAUGCCAUACCCAUGCAAAACCAACCAAGAGGUGCUGGAGUUUGUUACAAGUGGGGGACGCAUGGAUCCUCCUAAAAACUGUCCAGGGCCUGUAUAUCGUAUAAUGACCCAGUGUUGGCAGCACACGUCAGAUCAUCGACCCAACUUUUCCACCAUUCUAGAGAGGAUUAUUUACUGCACACAGGAUCCUGAUGUCAUCAACACAGAGCUGCCCGUUGAGAGUGGGCCUGCCCCCGAAGAUGAAGGAAGCACAGUAAUGAGGCCAGGCAGCUGUAAUGGGUUGACACCCCUAAUGAGCAAUCCCUCUCUGCCUCCUUUGUUAGACAUACAGGCCAACGAAUAUAAACUUGGAGAGCUUCCCCAGGAGAUACUGGUAGAAAAUUUGGUGGGUUGGAGCAUUAAGUCACCAAAUUUGCCAUGCAUUCGUGAAUCAACAGGAGGAUCAUGGCUCCAAUCAAAUCCUAUUUCCUUAACAGAGACAAAGCCCCAGGAGGCACACAAACUGAAAAACAAAACCAAAAACCUGUGGAACCCAACAUACGGGUCUUGGGUUAUGGAGAGUACCUGUUGACUCCCUGCACCCCAGCAUAAUACUGGGAUGCGAAGACUCAGGUUUGGACUUGGAGGUGUGUGGGUACUGUCCCACCACUUGGGUAUUUUCAGCAUUUCCAAAGAAAAAACAAUGCACCCCUAUGCCACUUUUAACAAUCAUUAGCAGGAUAAGGAGUGUCAAAACCUCAGACACUGCCAGACAGCACUGUGAAUUAUAUUUCUGAAAAAAGUUAUACACGGACUUGAUGAAAAGAUGGUGGAAUGGACAGCAAACUUAAUUUCCAAUGAUGAAUUUUUAUUUUGAUUUUAUUUUGUGUUUAGAAUGGCAAUAAUGUGCUAUGAAAAGUGACCCGUAAUUAUAUGAUUCCCUGGUUAUAGGGGAAUAUACUUAUAUACA